UUUUACACCUAUCUGAUUCUGAUAUACAGUUCCACACAAUUGUGUAGAUAAUGGCAGCAUCUGCCACAGCGAGCGAAGGAGCUCGCAAGCUCUGCUACUCAAUGUCCCAAUACCGCCAUUUAGUCCCUACAGCAAAGAAAACCAGUACAAUCAAGUUCUUCGUCGAGAACCCAGUUCACUUUUCAAGGACAAGGGUCAAAAGCACGAUUCCCAUCCGAGCUCUCGACCCUCAAAGAGAUGAAGAAACAGAGAACCCAAACAUCAAUGACAAAACCGGUGCUUUCACAUCCCAGGAAGAUUGGGAAUUUUUUUGGAAAUUGGUAGCUGUUUCAGUUGUGGGUGCAGCAAUAAUCAAGUAUGGAAGUGUAGCUUUUCCAGAGAUAACCAGACCCAACAUCGUACAGGCUCUGAUUAUGAUAUCAACUCCCGUCAUUGUAGCUGUUUUUCUUUUGAUCAAACAAAGUCGCGCAGAGAGCUGAAGCUAAGAACAGGAUCUUGAAGUGAAGACUAGGUUUGCAAAUGGGAAGCUUGCAUUUAGACAAGAUUCCUAUUUGGAUAAUGGUUUUGCAAUUGCCUAUUGAAGACUUGGGUCCCUAAUGGUAGUCAUCCUUUCAAAACUUUUAAGUGACCAUUUCAACAAUAAUAUUUAUUUAAGUGCUUUAGCUUUUGCAAAA